GGGUAGGUCUAAGUGGUGAGGAGCGGGAUAGUCCCUGUCGUGCACGUAACACCAUGGACGAUUACCCUAUGUACAGCUUGCUCGUGGGGUUCUCCCUGUGGGCGACCCUCUCGCAUCUCCUCUUUCCUCUGGGGUUCUGGAACACAUUCACGUGUAGAGUAGAGACUCGGGGUGGUGUCAGCACCACUCCCUACACCCCGGAACAGGAGGAGGAGGCUGCGAGGAUCUUGGCCGAGCAGAAGGCCAAGAAGGAGAAGAAGGAGAAGAAGGAGGUGGUGAAGCAGGCCAAGAAGUUGGCCUUGUUGCAGAAGCAAGCCGCAAAAAGAAAGGAGUUGAAGGAAGAGUUGGAAAGGGUAAAGAAGGAGGAGGAAGAAAAUAUGAAAGUAGUGGAUGCAGAAGAAGAAGAAGAAGAAGAGAAAAAGGUGGAAGAAGAAGUGUCCCUGAUUAGGAGAAGUAUCAGGGACAUAGGCGAGACGAGUGGCACAAAGAAAGAGGAUUCUUGGCUGGAGAAGAAGGUUUCUGAAUGGGUUGCCAAUCUGUCCCUGGGAGAAGAGGCGGAGGUGAUGUUAUAUCUUCCCAGGGAAGAACAGGAGGCGGUCGUGAAGGAAUUGGAAGCCGAGGAAGAUCCCCUCAAAUGGCAGACGAUAGAGGAGGAGAAAAAGUUGGAGUGGAAGCUACGUCUGACUAGGGAGAGGAAGAAAAGAAUGGAGGCGGCGAGUCAGGCGGCGAAAGAACGGGAGGAGGUGAAACGGAUGAGGGUGCAGAUGGAGGCACAGGCGGAUCUUCAAGGGAAGAUGGAGGUAAUGGCAAGGAAUAUAGAACGCCUAGCACAGGUCCAAGAGGAGCAAUACCUGUUUGGGAGGAGUCAGGAUAUAGCCCUGCGAUCGAUUCGACUGGGGUUUAAAGAGUUUGCACGUGAGAUAAUCAUGCACGUGGGCUCAGAAGUGCAUACGCGAUUAGAGAGCACCGGGCGAUUUUGUACUGGCGCCAUAGAGGGCGCCAAGUUGGCUUCACCAAAAGAGGCGGAAGCUCGACUCGGUAGGGAGCUCGUUAAGGUGAAAGUUCCCCGACUCCUACAGUGGAAAGGAGGAGGAAAACUUUGACAACUGGGAGGCCAAUGCCAACUCCUACGUGCACCUGCAAAAAAUAUCUCCUGACGAACAUGUCCUGAUAGCUUUCCAUGCCCUCAAAGACGAAGCAGCAAGCUUCGCCAGGUCGUUGUGUCACGUUGCUAAUUGCAAUAACGAUA